CUCACGCAGAUGUCCAAAGCGCCGUGAGCACAGAAGUCUCCAAACACCAGAGUUCUACUUACCGCACCGAACCCCAGUAGAUGACAGCAUAAAAUAGCCUAGUUUUAAUUAUAGUUAUUUACAUUAAUACAUCAAUAUAGCAGUAUGGUUUUCUUUCCUACACCUUAGUUUGCUUUUCCAAGAGACCUCUUUGUGCAAACUCUUUUAUACUCUAUGUGCACGUCCCCGUGGUUACUGCACAUCCCCAGCCGGUGUUGGUGAUGCCAUGCCCCGCAACCACAGUGGCGAUGAAGCCAGUUCUGGGCUCUGGAUGAAAACAUCUCCAGGGCGUCGGGCUCAGAACUAUAGGUUGAAAGAUGUGGAGUCUGGACGGAGGAUGAUGAACAACGCUGUUCGAGUCGGAGACGGGAUGCUUUCGCCAGGCGCGGCAGGUGCAGGGGGCGCGGAGAGGAGAAAGGGCGCCCGGUUGAGUUUGCUCGGGAAGCCGCUCAUCUACAGCGCGCAGAGCGGGCGCAGAAACGCGCACUACCGUCGUCUCCAGAAUUACCUCUAUAAUGUACUGGAGAGACCCAGGGCAUGGGCGUUCAUCUACCACGCCUUCGUGUUCAUCUUGGUGUUUGGCUGUUUGGUCCUGUCAGUGUUCUCCACAAUCCCUGCCCAUCAGGACCUGUCCAACCACUUUCUGCUCAUCCUGGAGUUUGUGAUGAUCGUGGUGUUUGGGCUGGAGUACAUCAUCAGGAUAUGGAGCGCUGGCUGCUGCAGUCGCUACAGGGGCUGGCAGGGACGCCUCCGCUUUUCCAGGAAACCCUUCUGUGUUAUAGACAUCAUUGUACUCAUAGCUUCCAUUGCUGUGGUGUCAGCGGGUAGCCAAGGUAACAUCUUUGCCACCUCAGCAUUGAGGAGCCUUCGCUUCCUGCAGAUCCUGCGAAUGGUGCGCAUGGACCGCAGAGGGGGCACCUGGAAACUACUGGGAUCUGUUGUCUACGCGCACAGUAAGGAGUUGGUGACAGCUUGGUACAUUGGGUUCCUGGUGCUUAUCUUCUCUUCGUUCCUGGUCUAUCUUGUGGAGAAGGAGUUCAACAAAGACUUUGCCACCUAUGCUGAUGCUCUGUGGUGGGGCACAAUCACGCUGACAACCAUCGGCUACGGAGACAAGACUCCUCAGACGUGGACGGGUCGUCUGAUCUCAGCUGGCUUUGCUCUGAUGGGGAUCUCCUUCUUCGCCCUGCCUGCCGGUAUCCUGGGCUCAGGCUUUGCCCUGAAGGUACAGGAGCAGCACAGACAAAAACACUUUGAGAAGAGGAGGAACCCAGCAGCCAGCCUCAUCCAGUGUGUCUGGCGUAGUUAUGCUGCUGAUGAGAAUUCGGUUUCCAUAGCUACCUGGAAGCCUCAUUUGAAGGCGUUGCAUACCUGCAGUCCUGCAAAGAAAGAACAGGGUGAGACGAUUAGCAGUACUAAGUUGAGCUUUAAGGAGCGGGUACGUAUGGCAAGCCCUCGCGGCCAGAGCAUGAAGAGCCGCCAGACGUCCAUCAACAACGAUCGGCGUUGUUCCCCGGGCAACAAUGUGGCGGGCGCUGAGACGCGCAGCAGCCCUGCCAAGGUGCAGAAGAGCUGGAGCUUCAAUGACCGCACCCGCUUUAGACCCUCCUUACGCCUUAAGAGCCAAUCACGCACCUCGCCAUCCGAAGUGGACACAGGAAUGGGGAAUGAUGACAUGUUCGAUGACAGGGGCUGCCACUGUGAUGUCACCAUGGAGGACAUAACAGCUGCACAGAAGGCUGUCAUCAGAGCCGUCAGGAUCAUGAAGUUUCAUGUAGCAAAGAAGAAGUUUAAGGAGACUCUGCGUCCAUACGAUGUGAAGGAUGUGAUAGAGCAGUACUCUGCAGGACACCUGGAUAUGCUCUGCAGAAUCAAGAGUCUACAAACUAGGGUGGAUCAGAUACUGGGUAAGGGCCAGAUCCCCAUGGAUAAAAAGAUCAGGGACAAGCUUCACCCUGAUGGGGACCCACUGGAGGACAUGAGUAUGCUGGGACGUGUGUGUAAAGUGGAGAGACAGGUGACGUCCAUAGAGUCAAAGCUGGACUCUCUGCUAGAUGUGUACAGGCAGGGCUCGUCUGCCCUCACCCUCUCCUCCCUGCCCCUUUUCGAGCUGGAGCACCAGACAUCCGACUACCAGAGCUCCAUCCUCAGCAAGGACCUGCCCUCUGGCUCCCACCUGGGAGGGGAGUGUGUAAGAGGGCAUCCAGGUGAGGGGGGUGGGGGUAUAUCCCGGUCAACAACAGGUGACCAUCUCUCCAGGGGCCUCCAGCUCAUACUGGCCCCCAGCGAGCUCACCCUCAACACCUGCCCCCCCCCCUACCCUGCCUCCACCGCAUCCCCCACACCCAUGCCCUUCCUGCUCCCUGAUAGCCCCUACCCGCUCCUCGCCACCCCCAGUAGUUUCCCCAGGCGAGUGCAUUUCCCUAACCUCCUGCCCCCUCCACCAUCUGCUGGUGCUGCCACCCUCCAGCUGCCCACCACUGGCCCCCAGCACAGACGCCCCCUCUGCCCCACCCCAGAUGCUCCUCGAAGGGGUAGGCUGGAGGAGAGCUCAGGCCUCUCUGUGAUGGUGGGCUCCAGUGUGGACAAUGGAGAGGAGGACAGAGAGGGUGAACAUGCCCAGAGCAGGGUGCAGCUGAGGGGGAAGCCCCACUUGAGGGAAGAGGGCCCCUGGAGGAGGCACUUGAGCCUGGAGGUGGACCCCUUGCUGCUGCUCUCCUCUGGAUGUGAGGGGGUACCCUCUGAGCAGGGACAGGGGCUGGGGAAGUCCUGGUCAGCACACAACCUUACCCAGCCAUCUGCAGACAACCCCCCCAACCUGUCCUCCCCCCUCGGCAACAGUAGCAGUUCCAGAGAUGGCUCCCAAGGCAACCCCGACGUUAGCAACUGGCGUGAAACAGACCUUUUCAUCACUGUCUGUGACCUGGAGACGCAGGUGGACCAGUUUGAUUUCCUGUCCCAGGAGAGUGGCUUCCUGUCCCAUCCCACAGCAGACGGUACUGGUUGCUUGGACCUCUUGCUGACUGAAGAUGGGGGGUCCUCAAGCAGUUUGACUGGACCCCACAUCCCCACAAUGGACAGUGCAGAGUCCCUCAACCAGCCUCCCCAUGUACGACUAAAAUAACUAUUCCAUAGGAGUGAAUAAAAUAACCCCUUCCCCCCAACACACACAUUACUAAUACGACCAUCCUGCAUAGAUGAUUCACUUGGACAAAAAAUGUUUUUUUUUAAAUUUGAAACUGUUGAUUAUAACUCUGUUUUUACGAUGUUUGAGGUGUCAACAAAAGAUGUCCUCUCAUGCAUAUCAUUGCAUGGACUAUUUCCUAAAACAGCAACAACCUGAGAAACUAACAGGGGAAGGGAAGAUGGGGGAGGAAGAUUGAACAAAAGAGAGGUUGGUCAGAUAGUGGUACUGUUUGCUCUCUCGACUAUGCAUGACCACCGCAUGUCUAAACUGCACUUUAGGGUCGAGAGCAUUCAAGCCCCCAAGCCCCUUCGAUAGCCUUGGAACCACAGUUAUGAGGGCUGAGUCCAACCUCAUAAGCCCAGAGCUCACCUGUUUUUACCUGCAUAUUCCAUUCAUGUAUCUUCCAAACCCUUGAGAGGCAAUUUGGAGCAGUCAGCUAUUAUUACCCAAGUAUUCCUAACAAGCUCACCAUUUAAUAAUAGAUAAUACAAUAACUAAUUUGAUAUUAACAUAAGAAGAUAAAUCUAUUGAAGUAAAUUUGUCAAUUAUUUUCCUAAUAAAUUGUACAAUCUUGUGAGGCCAUUUGAUUUUGAACAAAUCCAAUUUGCUGAUUGCGUGCUCCAGUAGGAUUCAUUGUUUUGGACUUUUAAAGGCAUUUAGUGAAAGACAAACAGCAGCCAAAUAAGAUCAGUUAUGACUGUGAUACAGUAGAUAGUGAAACAAGGCUGUGGUACACUGUAGUUGUCGGUCACAAUAAACACUACAGAAUGGUUUCUUGUCUUACAGCUCAUGUGUACCACUGCCUUGUGGUACACAGGCAGCAGCACUGUUUGACUGCCACUCAGCCUGAACACAGAUGCCUGCUCUUGAAUGAGAAUAUGCACAAAACUGUGUCAGCCAUUUUGAUUUCCUCUAUUUUGCACCUUUUUGUUCUUGAAGAAGGGACAGACACAACAGUCUUAAAUGUCUUAGCUGGCUUAGCUGAUUAACAAUUACACUGUUGUAUUGUAGAAUGCAAUAUGUACAGAUGAAUGCCAAAAUACAGAAAACACUUGAGUAAAUUAGGGAUUCAAAGUACAUUGAAAGCAGGCUAUUUUACACAGGUGUGGUUCCUGAGUUAAUUAACAUCCCAUCAUGCAUAGGGUCAUGUAUAAAAAUGUCCAGUUGCCCAUUAUUUUGGCUACCAUGGCUAGAAGAUCUCAGUGACUUUGAAAGAGAGGUCUCAAAGUAGCAGAAGGGGUUUAUUACAGGGUGUGUGUGUUUGUGCGCACAUUAAAAAAUACUAUAGUAUACUCUGGUAUAAAUACUAUUGUAUUCACUGUAGUGUUUUUGCAGACUUUACUGUAGUAUUUACUGUUAACUAUAGCGUAAAAACUGUAGUAAAAGGAAAACUUGAGUAUAUACUAUAGUAAUUAAUGUAGUGUUUUUUGCAGAUUGUAAUAUACUGUAGUAUUUACUGUAGUGUUUUUGCUGACAUUACUGUAGUAUUUACUAUAGUGUUAUUGUAUUAUAAUCUUUGACAUAGAAGUGAAGGCUUUCUCCUUCAAGAAACCUUCUGGAGAACUAAUAAAAGAGCACAUUUAGCAUAACCUGUAGGUAGGUAGGACUGGGGACUGAGUUCAGAGCUUCUGCUCUUUUCCAUAACCUGUAAGGAACACAAUAUAUGGUCUAUACUUGGCAUGUAGGUUUCUCACUUAUGGGUGGCACAAAUUGCAAUAUUGAGUAGGGGAAUGGUCAGGGUAUAUACAAAGGAAAUACUGUAGUAUUUACUAUAGUUUACUGUAGUAUUUGUGUAGUAUUUACUACAUUGUUUUUGUUGGGAUAAUACUGUAGUAUUUACUAUAGUAUUCUACAGUAUACUACAACAUUCUAUAGUAAGUACUACACAUGAUCGAGGGAUACUACAUUGUGUAAUAUAGUAUUCUACAUUUUACUAUAUCAUUAUUUUCUAUAGUAAGUACUGUAGUAUUCUAUAGUAAACUGUAGUAUAUUUUCAUGUGUGUGUGUCUCUCUCAAUCAACAGAUCUCAACCCAAUUAACCCUUAUGGGAGAUUCUGAAACGCGACGCCUGAGACAGCGUUUUCCACCACCAUCAACAAAACACCAAAUUAUAGAGUUCCAGACAUUAGAAUCUAUUCCGAGGCACAUUGAAGCUGUUCUGGUGGCUCGUGGUGGCCCAAUGCCCUAUUAAGACACUUUAUGUUGGUGUUUCCUUUAUUUUGGCAGUUACCUGUAUAUAAUUUAUGUUAAUACAGUAUGUGACCUGCAAAAUCUACAUAGCUGUGUUAAAAUGGGAUAUUAUAUGACUAUGCCUGCAGUGUUUGAGCGGAGUUGGUACGAUAAAUGCGGAACUGAAAGCACAAUCGUUUGGAGACGUUGGAACCUGCAUAUGUAACUGGUGGUUUUAUGCUCUGUAAUGAAAUGUUUUCCAGAUACAUAAUCACGUGACAGACAGGAGGUACUUGUAGAGGUCAGCUCCAUUGGAAGAAGGCUGAGUAUCGAAUCCACUUAGUUAACUAUAGAGUAUGGAGUCUUCCAUUGAAGAAAUGUCAUGCUUGGUCUGUAGACUGAAGUUAUAUCAAAUUUACUGGUUAAUUAAUGGUUAAUUUCCCUUAGUUUAUUCUGUAAAUGCUUAACAGUGCCUUUCUUGCAUUUUAAUAUGAUUAUAGUUAUUUUUUCUCCACUGGGCUGCAUAUGUAGCUACAGUGUCUAGUUACGUAGAAUAACUCAUACAGUUGUAAGCUCAGUUUCUGAAACUUGGAUAACACACUUUUAAUGGCUGCAAAUCUACUACAGUACAUGUUCUAUAUCACUUGUACUGUCAUGUAUUCUCCACAAUAGGCCUAAAAGGGCAAUUCAACCACUUUUCAACUUUAUUUUCAUUAUCUCCAGCACAAUUACAGUGUUUUUUAUAUAUGAAAACAGAGCAUUUCUAGAAAAAAUAUAUAAAGUAAAAAAAGUAUGCGAACAUCAAAAAUAAACAUUUAUUUAACAGUGAUUCCCUAACACUAUGAGACUCGCGGUGAUGUCGGGAGCAAGAAAAUACCCUCCCUCUGGCUAGAAACUCAUUGCAGGUUUUGAAAAUCACAGUUUUGUUUACUUUUAAUCCUACCCUGUUUUAAGGACUUUUCUUAUGAUCUUUUUAACCACAGAUCAUAGAAACGGCCUGUUUUCACAUACACUGAGGGUGUUUCUUAAUAUGCAUACUACCUUGCUCCACACUCUCAUGCUCUGAGUGCAUUCUCCAAUGCUUUCUCUUGAGUAUGUUCUUGUGAGGACGAGCGUGUGGAGAAUGCAUAAAACGUUACGUUUGAGAAGCACUCACACUUCCCCCUACUGUAUUACCUCACGCUUCACUUCCCCAUUCCCUGAACCUUCAUCCAGCCAGGACAAUGGCAAGAAUAGACUAAACAAAAAAUGACCUAAAAUUAAUAUUAUGCAAGAUAUAUGUCAAUUCUUCAUGGGUAGCUAGCUAACUAUUCUUCAUGGCUAUCUGGCUAGCUAAAAGUAGUAGCUAGCCAGAUAGCCCUAUUGACUUAUUAUGGGCUUGCGAUCUGUAGGCAGGUAAAUAUUAACACAGCAUGUAUUUAUUAACAUAUCAAGAUAAAAUAUUGUAGUCAGGCAACAUAUGAGAUGUGAAGAGGCAACAUUUUAUUCUGAAGUCAGUGUAUUUUCUCUCGCUUCAGCUUAAAUAAUGGCCGUCAUUUUUUACGUGGCUGCGUCAUAUUUCUUUGCAUACUUUCAAUUCUUUCAAUUGAAGCUUGCAUUGAUGCAUGCUUCAAAAUAUGUACUAUUAUACAAUGGGUGGGUCUAAUCCUGGAUGCUGAUUGGUUAAAACCCCAUUCCAGCCGGCAUCUAUUCCACAAGUUACCACCGGCUAACUCUAUGACUUUGAAAUAUCUAUUUACUCUCACUGCGCAAUCCACUGUCUCAUCAACCCAGCCAGGCAAUUUAUAAACUUGACCACUACUAUAAAAAGCAUCUAGACAUUAUCUCCCAUUUCUUUUAGACUAUCAUUUGGUUUUCAACAGCAGAGAUUUGUAUAAAACGUGCAGUCAGUAUGACAUUUGCAACAUUGUUUCAAUAUUGAAAUGUAUCUCCAGCUGUCCCGUAGUAAUUAACAUGUCGGGACCAGACAGACAGACAGAUUUUCUUAGCCAGUCGAAAUCAUGAAUCAGCUGGUAUCUUUUUUAUGAAUAUAUACAAAGAAAUGUCAACAGAAAACAGGACAAACUAAAUGAAGUUGAAGAGCAGGUAGUUUGCAGUCUUUCUAGCUUCAGACUGAAGUGAUUGUGUUAGCUGUAUUGUUGGCUAGCUCCUAUGAUCAACAAUGUCCUAACGAGAGAGCACAUUUUCUAUGUCAGGCGAAAUCGUGCAUCAUUAGUUCAUUGUUAUGGAUGUAUCUAAAUAAAUGUCACUAGAAAACAGUUCAAACAAAUAACAGCAAAUGCAGCCACUUUGCAGUUAUUCUGGAUGUAGUUAGCCGUAGUUGGCUAGCUAUCAAACAAGGGAUAAGAACGUUGCCAGCCAGUACGGCAAUGGAACAUUUAGAACUAACUACAGAGUUGCGUCCAUGGAUGCAGAACAAAAAGAUAUAACGACUAGGAACUCUGGCAACCGAACCAAUAGAUCGUACGACCAGCCGGCUUGUGUAGUAACCUUAGAUUUGUGUCGGGACUAUAUCUCGUUGAAGAAUGAAAUAAUAUGAAUUAAUUUAUCAAAAUAAUGUUUUUUUUAUGACAACAUGUCAAUCAUUAUUUGAAUAUGUUGGUAACUCCUUGUAUAAAGGUGAUAAUUCCCUUGAAGCAGGAUAAUUGUAAAGAAUGAUUUUUAAACCUUCAGACAAUUGAGACAUGGAUUGUGUAUGUGUGCCAUUCAGAGGGUGAAUCUGCAAGACAAAAGAUUUAAGUGCCUUUGAACGGGGUAUGGUAGUAAGUGCCAAGCGCACCAAUUUGAGUGUGCCAAGAACUGCAAUGUGGCAAGGUUUUUCACACUCAACAGUUUCCCAUGUGUAUCAAGAAUGGUCCACCACCCAAUAGACAUCCAGCCAACUUGACACAACUGUGGGAAGCAUUGGAGUCAACAUAGGCCAGCAUCCUUGUGGAACGCUUUCGACACGGUGUAGAGUCCAUGCCCCUACCAAUUGAGGCUGUUCUGAAGACAAAGGGGGGUGGAACUCAAUAUUAGGAAGGUGUUUCUAAUGUUUUGUACACUCAGUGUAUGUAGAUACUGUUUUGGUGCUGGAGAUAAUGAAUACGGCAGAAUUGCCCUUGAAAAUACAUGGUUGAUAAUGUUAACAUUCCUAAUUCUUUCAAAUUAAUGUAUUAAAGUGCACAUAACAGAGGUUACAAGGUCUCUGUGGAGGAGAAAUACAAAAUGAAUUGUAAUAUUAUACAUCAAUAAACUACAAACA